AAGUGCUGCAUUAGGGUGCACUGAAUCUCUAAUGAGGAAAUCGUGUCCGCGAUUUUUUCAUCGGUUUGGAAACAAUGUAAAAAGGGAGCAAAGGGACGCAGCACUCUUUCCGAACAGGACUACGUGCUAAUAUCUAGUGCUAUGUAUGGACGAAGAGUCCUGUUCCGCCACGUCUCUUCACGCUCCUCGCUUGUUGCCACGCAAAGUAGACACCGCUACAACGAUAACGAACAUCAAGACCUUGCUUCUAGUUCUACUAGUCAUUUUGCACUACAUUGGCAUUGGCUCUAAGUCUUCUAAAUUGAGAAAUUGUUAACCAUUUUGUAUCCAUCUUCCACUUGUUCCUCUUCGUGCAACAACAUCUUCUGCGAUUAAGUUCAUCAAGCUAUAACCCUAAUCGAAAAAUCAUGGCUAUCGGAACUGGCCCUUCAACCGCUGCAACUAGUGGCACUAAAGAGCCGUCGAAGGGUGGUCUUUUUGCGCGAUUUCGGAAUCCCUUUGGCCGUUCUCGCAGAAAAAUACGGUCAACAUCAAGGCCCGAUGCUGCACCUAAACCAGGAGGUGACAAUCCAGCAGGCGCAAACACUUCUGGAGGACAUAAUUCUGGCGAUUCCUCUAAUUCAGGUGGAAGUGGAGGUGCUUUCAAAGGAGAUCAACAGAGGAACAAAGUACCUACUGCGUGUUCGACGUCAAGUAAUAUCAUAGUGAUCGAUGACCCGGCUCUCAGAGCACGUUUGGAUCGAGUCCUUGCUCUGUUGGAGAAACAAUAGUAAAAAGAAAGUACGCCGUAUCCGUAAUAGAAAGUACUAGACCACUACGCCAUCCACAGUCGUCUCCUUUGCGAAUCUAGUGGUUUUCCAUGGAUAGCACUACGAUAACUGAUUUUUUCCGUGAUUUUUAUAGCUUGAGGUAUGUGCAUAAUGCAUAGUGCAUUGCAACGUGU